AGUGAAGCAGCAAAGCUUGAAUAAAAGCAUCAAGUUCCAAUAAGCCCUAAAGAGAGGGAGAGAGGCGAUCUGAUCUCGUAGAACCUGCUCGACUUUGAUUCUUAUCAGUUGUUUCAGGUCUAACAAAAGGAGUGUAUAACUGCAGAGCACAUUUCAAAAGAUGCAGAAUUUCAGGCUGUCCCACUCCUGCAUGAUAGGCCUGCUUGUGGGGCUCGCCACUCUUGCUCAUCGAGUCAGGGCUGAGGUGGGUUCGUUCUCCUCCUGCCUUCAGUUUUUCCACAAGGCGUCUUCCCCACGCGGCCUGGGGGGCCCAGGCUAUUCGGAGAUAUGCCAGCGUUAUGAAAACACGUACCAUUUUGCAAGCCUCUACUGCAAGCAGAGGCGGACCCCGAUCUACUCUGCAUACGUGUUCAGCUCGGGGGGCAGGAAGAGGUAUAGAGUCGCAUGGAUGUACGAACCGCAGCUGGCCAACUCCAGAGCUCGGCCUGAGAUGGAACCCAUUCCUCCAAAUAUGACAGACCAGAACGUUCUGGAGAGCCAGGCUGUACUGCAGGAUUACAUGAACUCCACGUUUACCAAGGGCCACCUGAGUCCUAACUCACACCACAAGGAAGAUCAGGACAAAAAUGCAAGUUUCACGCUCACCAACAUAGUGCCACAGAAAGCUGGUUCCAAUUCUGGCCCGUGGGCCGUGCUAGAGAAUGAGGUGGCGGCCAGAUUAAUCGCUUACUGCACUGGACCGGCGUACAUCGUGACCGGGGUACUGCCCUACGUCCGGCCCCGCUGGAUUCGCAACCGUGUGGCCGUGCCUGAGUACCUAUGGUCAGCCUACUGCUGCCCCUCCUUCAAAUCCAGCCUCCCAGAAUCCCUCCACGACACUUUUCCAACAUUCGCCGCCAUUGGCCGGAACGACCGUCUCAGCCCCCAGGACAUUGUGCCGGUGAACCCCAAGGCCCGCAAUUCCACCAGGGGCUACGAUGUGAGGCGUAUGCCCCUCGAGACGCUGGAGGGGUAUCUGAGAGAGCGGCUGGGAGGCCCCGUCAAUGUCUUCCUAGACCAGUGUUUGUAAAACCGCCGAUUACGAAUGCAGAAAUGCUAAUCGCCCCCUGCUGUGUAUGCCAGCUCUAGUCACACAACUGCCUGCACUGCAUCUAAAUGCUUCGAUAUAUAUUUAACAGGAUCUAUAUGUAGAAAUCUAUUAUAUUUUAUAAUAGAUCAUAUACAUUUUCCUGUUAUCUAUUAUUGCUUGAAUUCUAUUGUGUUUAUCUAUUUGUAUCGUAUCACCUUUAAUAAAAUGAUUCUGGUAGUACACAA